AUGAAUGGAAAGCUAAAGAAAGUAAUGAAGGAGAAAGAUGAAAAGCUGAAGAAAGUAAUGAAGGAGAAGAAUGAAGAGCUGAAGAAAGUAAUGAAGGAGAUGAACGAGAAGCUGGAAGAGGAGCGUUGUGAGUUAGAAGAAUUAGAGGAUAUGAACUCAGUCUUACUUAUUAAAGAACGUCAAAGCAAUGAUGAGAUACAAGAAGCACGCAAAGAAUCGAUUAGGGGAUUGAGAGAUUUAUCAGGUGAUAGAUCACCCACCAUUGGAGUAAAAAGAAUGGGAGAAAUUGAUGAAAAGCCUUUCUUGAAAGUGUGUAGACAGAGAUUUAGUGGUGAAAACGUUGAGUUGGAACAAGCCAUGCUUUGUUCGAAAUGGCAGAAAACACUCAAGGAUCCAUCAUGGUAUCCAUUCAAACGUGUCGGAACCGGAGAAAAAAUGAAGGAAGUGGUGGAUGAAGAAGAUGAGAAACUUAAGAAUCUGAGAAAAGAGUGGGGAGAAGAAGUGAAGAACGCAGUUAAGACAGCACUUGUGGAACUGAACGAGUUUAACCCGAGUGGUCGGUACACUGUUCCGGUACUGUGGAAUUUCGAACAAGAGAGGAAAGCAACACUUAAAGAAGGGAUUGCUCACAUGAUAAAGGAGAUCAAAACUCGCAAACGCAAGCUCACAUGAUUGUGUUCGUAAAGAG